AUGAAGUUCGAGAACCAGACCAAACAUUUCUCUCAUCACGUUAAAGUGGGUCCAUGUUUCACUCGCCCUGCUUAUCGAGAUGGUAGGCGCAAAACAGCUGUAAAGGUAACUGUUAGCUUUAUUAUUUCCCAGGUCUUUACCGUAGCUGAUGAAUCAUGUUAUCUUCUGAUAUUCGGAGUCCCCUCGCUGGACCUGGAGCACCCUUUAAAGGAGAAGUGCAAACAGUAUGGGAAUGUUCAAAGUAUGGUGAAAAUUAUUGAUUAUCCAAACAAAGAAACAUUUACUGAUGUUUUUGUCGUAAAAUAUGAUAAUCUCAAAGCCGCAAGAUAUGCCAAGCGUUUAUUAGAUGAUUCUUCUUUCUACGGAGGUUCUUUACACGUUUGUUAUGCACCUGAAUAUGAAACUGUGGCUGAAUGUCGUUUGAAGCUAUACGAAUGCAGGCAUUUAAAUGCAAGAAUUUCCAGGAAAGUGGAACAUGAGUAUCUUCAGAAAUUCUGUACUAAAUGUCAAACAUCGAAUCCAAAUUCUUCAGUUCUUCCGUCACCAUCUGUAUCAUCAACAUCAGUAAAAUCUGAUUUGUCAGAAUCUAUAAAAUUAGAAACACCAACUAAUCAGGAUAUAACUGUUUUGCCGGUUUCAAAAGAAAACACAAUGCAUUCUAAUGAGUCCGCCACCUAUCAAUCAUAUGACGCUUUAGAUGACUCUCGGCUUUAUUGGAGGAAACUUGGAAUUACACUAUUUGACAAACAUCAAAUAGCAUGUAAUUCCAGUGCUUCUUGUUCUACUACUGCUACUACUACCAAUUAUCCAUCUAUUUCUACACCUUGUGAUUUAUCAGUUGCCCCAAAACGUUCAAUACCCCUUUCUGUCCAACAGGCUUUAAGUUGUCGACCAUACUUGGAGAAUAUUUCGAAUCCUAAUACACCGUUGUUAGUCAACAAGGUAUCCUCUGACACUAACAAAACAGUGAAGCACUAUUCAUCUAACUCCUUAAUCCCACGCGUUAUAAUUAGUAAAGAAUAUAGGAAAAAGCACUCAACAAACUCAGAAGCUGCUCCACAAGUGUCAAAGUCAACAGCCCCUAUUUCUGUAGGUGAAUUAAAACGAUUAGCCUAUUCAUUAGGUCCCAAACAAGGACCAAGUUUACCGCCACCACAAGAUCAAAGGGGAAAUAUUGAUCAAACAAGGAUUGUAUUUCAUCGUUCAAAUUCCAAACGACAUUGUACACAUCCUUCAGAAUCUAGAGACAAUUAA